CGGGGCCGGCGGGGGUUUCUCCCGGGCUGGGCUGACGGCUGCGGUUGUGGAACUUCGAUUUCGUGUGUGAGCGUGAGCGGCGGUGGCGGCCGUUUGGGCGGCAGGUAAAGAAGAUACAGCACUAUUAUCCAGUUGUCAUAGUUGGUUGCUUUCUACUAAUCUUCAAGAUUUCUACUGGAGUGAAAGUGUAAGUUGUGACAAUGACAACUGAAGUUGGCUCAGAGACUGAAGUAAAGAAAGAUUCUGAGCAGCUGGGACCAGACAAAGGCAAGGACAAGCCUGAAGAAGCAUCAGAGACUCCAGAAAAUCAGAAGUCCAGGGAAGCAUCCUCUGAAGAAGCUCAAGAUUCUUCCUCUGCCCCAGCACCAACUAGCCAAAGUAGUCCAAGUAGCCAGAAGAAGGAAAAAGCUUCACCUGAAAGCAAGGGUAUUUCUCGUUUCCUUCCCCCCUGGCUUAAGAAACAAAAAUCAUACACCUUGGCAGAGCCCAAAGAUGAGACCAAGAAAAGGACCACAGAGGAAGAACAAGUAGUUGAAGAAAGUGAAUGCCAAACACCAGAGGGUGUGGCUCAGCCAAAAAAGAGCUUAGAAGAAGCAGGGGCUGAAAAUCAGCAUAAUGCUAAAGCAGAUGACAAAGAAAAACACUCUGUUCCUAGUCCUGAAACACAGCCUGCCAAAGAAGAUGGUAAAGAAAUGGAAGUAGAGAAAGUUGCAACAGGAAAGGAAGAAACACAAGAAGAAAAAGAAAAAAGGGAGACAAAAGAAGUGCAAACAGCUGAAAUUAAAACAGAAAUCAUUCCUCAGAAGUCUCCCAAGAAAAUUAAAACUGUGCAGUGUAAAGUGAUGCUUCUUGAUGGCACGGAAUACACCUGUGACCUAGAGAAAAGAGCAAAAGGUCAAGUGCUGUUUGACAAAGUGUGUGAACAUCUCAAUUUACUGGAAAAGGACUAUUUUGGGCUGUUGUUUUAUGAGAAUUCAGAACAGAAGAACUGGCUAGAUUCUUCGAAGGAAAUUAAGAGACAAAUUCGAAGUUUACCUUGGAUAUUCACCUUUAAUGUGAAGUUUUAUCCACCUGAUCCUUCACAGUUGACUGAAGACAUCACGAGAUAUUUCUUGUGCCUACAGCUUCGUCAGGAUAUUGCUUCUGGUCGACUACCAUGUUCUUUUGUGACUCACGCCCUCCUUGGUUCAUAUACCCUCCAGGCUGAGCUGGGUGAUCAUGACCCAGAGGAGCACCGCAGUGAUUAUAUCAGUGAAUUCCAAUUUGCACCCAAUCAAACUCAAGAAAUGGAAGAGAAAGUAGCUGAGCUACACAAAACACACAGGGGCUUGACUCCAGCACAGGCGGAUUCCCAGUUCCUAGAAAAUGCUAAGAGACUCUCCAUGUAUGGAGUGGAUUUACAUCAUGCCAAGGAUUCUGAAGGUGUGGAUAUCAUGCUGGGUGUAUGUGCUAAUGGACUGCUCAUUUACAAAGAUAGACUCCGGAUCAACCGCUUUGCUUGGCCAAAAAUUCUGAAGAUUUCCUAUAAGCGAAGUAAUUUCUACAUCAAAGUCAGGCCGGCAGAAGUGUUGAUGGUGCAUAGACGUAAUAUUUUUGCUAAGAAACUAUUAUAUAGUGAAACAGAUCAGCUGGAACAGUUUGAGAGCACUAUUGGGUUCAAACUGCCAAACCAUCGGGCUGCUAAAAGGUUAUGGAAGGUUUGUGUGGAGCACCAUACUUUCUUCAGGCUUGUAUCACCAGAACAGCCUCCAAAAGCAAAGUUUCUAACCUUGGGUUCCAAGUUCCGCUACAGUGGACGUACGCAAGCACAGACACGACAAGCUAGCAACCUCAUAGACAGACCAGCUCCGUACUUUGAACGCACUUCAAGCAAACGUGUUUCCAGAAGCCUUGAUGGAGCUCCCAUGGGUAUCUCAGACCAAGGUCUUCUAAGAGACUUCCCUGCUACUGGAGGGCAGACUGCUGGAGAUAAAAUCAUUGACAUUGAAGCUGCUGGUCAGGCCAAGUUAAAAGAAGGUGGCAGAGAAGAUGACGGAAGCCCAGUCAAAACUCCACAAUUAGAAUUGACUCAGGAUGGAAAGACCAAUUCCUUGAGAGUAGACGGGGAAAAUAUUUAUGUCAGACAUAGCAAUUUAAUGUUGGAGGACCUGGAUAAGACCCAGGACGACUUACUGAAACACCAGGCUAGCAUUAGUGAGCUCAAGCGCAAUUUCAUGGAAUCCACACCUGAACCACGCCCAAAUGAGUGGGAAAAGCGGCGUAUCACACCUCUGUCCCUACAGACACAAGGGAAAAAAGGAGACCACAUUUUCCAAGUGAAAACGCUGCCUGGGAAGGAGAAGCAAUGGACUACAAUGCCAUGGAUUGCUGGAGCAAAACCAGAGGAAACCAAUAAGAGCCUAGAAGAGGAGAUAACGUCCAUUUUAUUUAGUAAGGAGGGCUUUUGCGCGGGCACGAGAGGGCCCUUCGCCGCCGCCGCCAGCGUGUGGCCAGCAGAGGGCGCUGCGGGGGAAGAGACCGCCGCCUCGGCCGCGCCGCCGCCCCAGAGACAUGCUUCCAGAGCAGAAGGGCCUUGUACUGGAGUCAGCGAUGCUGCUAAGAGUUCACAUGAGACUCUGAACAUAGUGGAGGAGAAGAAGCAGGCAGAGGUUGAGAUAGAAGACACACUAGUCGUAGACGAAACCAACAAAGGGAAAAUGCAAGUUGCCACUGAUGCUGGGGAAACAUGUAAGGUGGAGCAUCUCUCAAAAAAGGACUCUUCAUCAUUGCCACCAGAUAGUAGCAGCAGCAGCAGUAGUAGUGAGAGUGAGGAUGAAGAGGUGGGAGAAUACCAGCCACAUCACAGGGCAAUUGAGGAAGUCAUCAGGGAAGAACAGGAAGAAGAUGAUGACAUGAAAAGGAAAGAACAUGAAGAAAAAACACAGCGUGUGGAAGCCAUACCAGAAGGCAGUAAACUAAAAGUACCAGUUGAGCACACACAAGUUACAGCUGAAAAUUUGGUCCAGGAAAAUGCAGUUACCAUAGCUACAGAAGAGAAGAAUUUGUCAGAGGAAAUUAAGCAAGAUGUAGGUGAAGAAAAAGAGGAAGAACAGCUCAAACUCAAUGGAGAUGUGUCUCAUGUUGACAUUGAUGUUGCACCACAAAUAAUUUGUUGUUCUGAGCCUCCAGUAGUGAAAACAGAGAUGGUAACCAUUUCAGAUGCCACACAGAGAACUGAAAUCUCCACUAAAGAAGUUCCAAUUGUUCAAACAGAAACUAAAACUAUCACCUAUGAAUCUCCACAGUUUGAUGGCAGUGCUGGUGGCAAUGCUGGUGUGCUGCUGAGUGCACAGACAAUUACAUCAGAGUCAAUUUCUACUACCACAACUACACACAUCACAAAGAUGGUAAAAGGUGGAGUAUCAGAAACAAGAAUUGAGAAGCGCAUUGUCAUUACUGGAGAUGCAGAUAUUGACCAUGAUGAGGCCCUGGCACAGGCAAUCAAAGAAGCCAAAGAACAGCACCCUGACAUGUCUGUCACAAGAGUGGUGGUGCACAAAGAAACUGAACUUGCUGAGGAAGAUGAAAAGUAAAAUCAAAAAUGCCCUGAAGCAAAUACUUCAGAAGUAAAAGUGAUACUGACCGUGAUCGUGACCAUGAAGAACUGUAAUCAUUCCAAGUCAUCACUACUUUACUGAAUUCACCAAGACUAGCAAUGAUGACCAGAUGUUCAAGACUUACAUGCCAAUACCAAACUCCAUUUUAACAUCUUUGGUCUAUAUUCCCUUACAAUCUUUCUUGUUUAUUUUUAUAACCACUUCUUAACAAUCUUAGAUAUUUUUUUUUUUACAUGAAGUUUUAGAGGGUGUGAUCUUCUUUUGCACAAAUACUUGUACUUCUGAAGCUGAUUCUUAAUUGUAUGAAAGUGGACAAAAAAAGUCUGGAAAGUAUUGUUCACUGGAACUGGUGGUAAUUGUGCAGAAAGGGAGAUCUUUACUAAUUUAGAUAUAGUUUUUUCAAAAUAUCUCAAGUGAAAUCUCUUACAGGAGUAAUUUACAGAUUAUUUUUUUCAGAUUAUUCAGGUAAAUAUAUGGUAUCACAUAACAAAGAUUUUUAUAAAUAUACAACAUUUCCUAAAAUUUGAAAAAAUAUAUUUCUUUGGAUACAUUUUAUACUGAUAUCUCUGAAACUCCUUCUGUUCUAAGGGUCUCCUCUCUGUGGAGCAGAGAUGGUGUAGCAGUCUAUAGAGGAGAAGGAGUUGCAGACACAUUUCUUCUGACUGAGCACUGUGUUCUUUAUGCACUUUGGUGCCAAUGCUCAACUUUUUGCAGACGUUUUGCUGUCUGCAGCAUUCCAGAUAAGGAAAGAAGGAAGAACAAAAUGUCUUUCUCGUCUUCCAACAAGAGAUGAUCUAGGCAGCUUAAAACCUUAGUGCUUUUUUUCUUACUGUGUCCCAACUUCAACACUUCCAUAAUUUGAACACAUGUAGGAUGCUUGCUUUCUAUUAAACCUCACUGUCUCCAUGUUAAAACUGACUUUUCUGUUAUUGAGAAGGUAUAUGUUUCAGAUGCUUCAUCUAAUGGUUAUCGCAGGUUUUUAGGAUACUGAGUGAAAGUGUUCAAUGGACUCCAUUCAUGAAGUAAUAAGACAGUACCAUCAUUUGAGACUGCCAUUGAAAAAACCUGUUAAUUAUUUUGGAUUUUAUUUUUAUUUUGUUCUCACGGGGGGGGUUGUAUGUUUGUGGGGUUUUUUUUGCUGUCAACUCUGUGUAUAGUUAAAAAGCCAAAUUAGAUUUAUAGCAGCUUGAAGUUGUAUUAAGUGAUAUUUUGCUUUCUGUAAUUCUGUUAUAAAAUAAAGUUGUUUAUUCUCUGUA